AUGGGAUGCAUUCAGUGUAUAUAUAUAUAUAUAUAUACGUAUUCUUCCAAUCAUAUGUCUUACCAUCGUAGUAACAGUGGCAGUAACCAAAACAGCAAUCGAGGUGGUGCUGGUUUGCGGCGGCAACGAUCUCCAAGUCCUGAUGCACAUCCUCAACACGCUUCCUACAAUAGCGGCAGCGGCGGUGGUGGCAGUUACGGUCUCUCCCAAUCUUAUCGUUCCCAACCGCAACAACGUCGUCAUUCACCACCACAUCGGCCGCCGUUUCGCCGUCGACGGGAGGAUAUGCCGUACACCAUUCCUGACAUUGCCCCCAGACUUCAUGUGCCGCACGAGUUACCGGUGGAUGUAACGGCUUUUUUGGACCUCAUUGCUUUUUACGUUGUUCAGGGUGGUCCGACCGCGGAGGAGGAAAUUAUGAAACGCGAGGAAAAUAACAGUCACUUUGCUUUUCUUCAUGCACCAUGGAAUGACCCGAUGCAGUUGUACUACCGCUGGCGUCUUUACUCGCUGCUACAGGGUGACACACUCCUUAAAUGGCGAACGGAGCCGUACCAAAUUGAGCGUGGCAAUGAGGCGUAUGUGUGGGUGCCGCCGCCGGCAAUCCCUAGUGGACCAGAGUGUCUUCUCGAUGCAUUCCAGACCCACACGUCCGUAUAUAAAGGCAGUGAUAAAAACAAGGACCUCAAUUGGAAGGAAUCCCCGCAGCCUGUGCCAUCUGCAUCAUGGUUGUCAAGAAUGUCUGUGUCGGAAGGAGCCUUCUUUGUGACGCUUGAGAAACCGGCGGCCGCGGAAUGGCAGCAGCUACUAAGAAUGGAACACCACGUCACGGAGUUGGCGGCCCUUCAUGGAAUGCCGUUGGAGGAGCGAGUCAAGGCAUUGACAGCAAUUUUGCUUGACGGCGAACUCAUUGCACAACGCAUGGUGUUUGCGAUUGAACAUCAAAAAGCCGCGUUGCAUUUGUUAAGUCUUGUGCUUGACGAAGUGGUGCGGUUAGCGUAUGAUUCAGCCAAGCCCUUGCGUCCUACCGAUGGGCAUGACGAUGAGGCCUCGCGUGGGAACUGCAGCCCCAUGAACAGGAGUCAGAGCGGUGAUUUAGACAGCAGCCCGUGCGGCGAUGAGGCCUUUUAUGCCGCGGCGCGUUGUUGCAUGUGCCUUUCCUAUCUUUUUACGCUAAACGACAUUGGCAAGAACGGUGGGGCCGCACCUUUGACAGAGGAAGAGAUAGUUGCCAUUGCACCAUCGUAUGAGAAGCGCUGCAGCGGCACCUCAGCUACUUACAACACCACCACUACGACAGGCAACGAUAACAACAAUAGUAAUAGUAACAACAACAGUACUGGCGGUGGCACUGCUUGUUUAACGCUUGCCACAGGCUCUGAGGCACCGCAUGCCGCAGCAUCGACUGGUAUGUCGACACACACAUUGCCACUGAACUUACCCCUGCCGGCAUCCGCAGCCACAGGGACAAUGAUGCCGUCUUCUUUUUCCUCCUUGCGUCUACUGAACCGGGCGCUUGAGAAAAUUAUGCCUACGCUCAUUGAAGCCACACUUUUUGUGGCACUUUGCACGGUGCAACAGUAUGGCUCACUGUUAGUGGACAACGCCCGCGAAACCUCGCGGAGUUCGGCGAAACCUCCCGGUGCCGAAGAGCUUGAAGGCAUUCUUCCACUUGACAUCGACCAGGCAGCAUACGUGCAUGUGCAGGUCAAAUUGUCCGCCGCGCGCGCAACGACGUCGGGUACGAAUACCUCUACGAGUGGCACUGGAACGGCCACAAACUCCUCCUUAUCGAUUUCGGCGGCCCCGACAAAAUGUACCCCUGCCUCCGCGGUGACUCAUUUAAAGAAGGAAGACCGCGAUGCUGUCUGCAUGAUUGCCAUGUUACUCAUUUCAUGGUUGAAGCAGUUGUGCUCCUCAUGGGCGGACGCUGAUGUCAUUGGAAACCGCUGCUGGAGUACGCUCCUGACGAAGUACGUUUACCUUCUUUCUCAGCCCAUUGAAACGACAUGA